AAAACUAAAGGGAAAGGUUGGCUUUUUGGGAAAACCUCCUAAACGUAAAAAUCAUUCAGAUAAAGGGCUAUCUGAUACGUCGUUUGACAAAUUUACUGUAGCUGAACUUGAGAAAUGGAAUGUGGCUCUCGAUCGACGAAAGAAAUUUGUGGAGGAGGAAAUCAAAAAGUGGAAUAAGAAUCAGGAGCUCUGGUGAGUUCAACGAUUUUAAGGCAAUGCAAGUGAAGUCUGAAGGUUUGAGUGUAUUCCUAAGAUCUGCCCUUUCAAAGCCCAGGCGAAGACACCUUCGAUGUUUGGAGGACGACCUUCGUAAUUCUUUACCUCAAAAGGAACCGAUUUACCAAUGGAAGUUCUUCAAUCUUUGGAAGUGGCCUUUACUUUCGGGGUUUGCCUCUAAUUAUAACCCAACCUCACGACGAACUCCUUUGCUGGAAAACUUCUGCCUGAAAAGACUGCUGCCCGACCUGAAGCCACUGAGUAUCAACGAUACCAUGGGGGUUUACUGGCUCAACAGACUAACUUCUUUUAACCCUUUCGGCAGACGGUGCUACAAAAGGGACGAACUGAAGAAAAGCUCGUCCUUUUUGUGGCCCUUUUCUGCCAUUGGUAAAAGGAAUUACAAUGAUGAGUCAUAGUAGGAAAUCCAACCAGAAAAAAGAAAGCGGAAAAAUCCUGAUGAGGCGAGACUGUGUGAUGAUGCUGGCUCUUAAUAAAUAAUUCAAAUGUAAACUACUAAUAGUUGACAAAAAAUAAAACCCCUACAGAAUAUAAGCCAUAGAAAUACAGACACCAUAUGAAUAAAUCUCAUUCAAUCAAA